AUGGCCAUCCUUAACCAUCACCACCACCAUCACCUCAUGGGCUUCCACAUGAUGAUCUCCAACACCAAGAAGUCAUCAUCAUCAUCAACAACAUCAUCAUCACCACCAAAAGGAUGCAUGGUGGUAAGAGUGGGAAGCAGUGGGGAAGAAAAAGAAAGGUUUAUAGUUAAAGUGGAGUACUUGAACCACCCUUUGUUUGCAGGGCUGUUGAAAGAGGCUGAAGAUGAGUAUGGGUUUGAACACAAGGGUGCAAUCACUAUUCCUUGUUGUCUUGAUGAGUUCCUUCAUGUUAUUCAUAUCAUUGAUAGAGAAUUCAUGGCCAAUCACCAUCACCAUCAUCAUCAUCAUCAAUAUCAUCAUCUUCACCUUGCCGGAUGCUUUAGGCCUUGA